AUGUCAUCCGAAGAAGAUGAAGUAUUAUUAGCAGUACACAUUAAAACAGCAAUUAUUUUGGUACUUUGUACUGCAGGCAUUACUGGACAUGUCAUUUCAAUAUAUAUACUUUAUUCAAUGAUUAAUCCAAAUAAUUUAUUCAUGAUUAGCAUGUCUUGUACUCAAGUUGCAUUAUGUGCGAAUUUCUUCUACUCCAGUUUAUUCAAAUAUCUUAGUGAUGUAUGUUGCAUAUCACAACUUUGGUCUUAUGCAUGGGUUUCUACGUUAUUGGUAUCGGUGAAUGCAUCGGUAGUGGUUUAUAUGAGCGGUGUUUUUCAUAUCAUUACAUUAUCAAUUAUUCGUUUUAUAUCAUUGAAUCAACUCUUCAAAACAAAAAUCACUAAACUUUGGUUUAGUUAUACUAAAUGUUUACGUAUCAUAAUGCUAAUUAACAUCGGUGCUGUUUUGCUGUGUAUUCCAUUUUUUUUCAAUUCCGAAGUUCGUAAGGUGGCAUCGCAUUGGAAAUGUUCAGUGCAGUCUUCGUCUAAGAGCAAUCUUUCGGUACAUGAGAUUAGCUUCACUAAUUUGGCCAGUAGUACUGCUCUUGGACGAAUAAACUUCUGGCUUCUAGGCAUUAUAUGCAAAUUUAUCCCAUGUAUUGUCAUGAUUGUAAUGACUGUGCUAUUGGUGCAAAAAUUACGUCAGAUCCAAUUAUUAUCAGUCAGGUUUACAUCACCGAUACGUGAAAAAAGACGUCGAUGUAUAACAUAUAUCAUAAUGAUAAUUAUGGUAAAUUUUGUGAUUGUGGAAGUACCACAAGGUAUUAUUUUGGUUUUAUCAUCGAUGCAGGAUGCAAGUUUAGCAGAAUCUGAAUUACUGGGAGAUUUAUUUGACAUCCUUUCAUUGCUCAAUUCUUGCGUUACAUUUGGUCUUUUUUGUUCUAUGAGUAGUCGUAUACGACAUGCAUUUGCUCGAGGAUUUUUUCCAUUUAGUCACAAAUUUUUCCAACAAAUUAUUCAUAGGAUAAGACAUGUUUCACUGGCACUUAAAGAUAGCAAUUCGACUAAUUAUGGCCUAAAGUAUAGGUAA